AUGGCCCAGUACAUCCCAGCAUGGCCCAGUAUGGACCAGUAUAGAAGAGCACAGCCCAGUACAGACCAGUACAGUACUGCAUCACCCACGCUCUGCUGUGCCCCCCACACCGACACCGUCCCCGUGCCCCCAGCCCUGCCGUGCCAGCUGCACCCCAGCCCCUUGAAGCGCUCGCUGGCCCUGGCGCCCGGUGGCGCCCAGCCCAGCCCAGGCGGCGACUGGGCAGGGCCGGGGGGUCCUGAGGAGCCCCUCACAGCCCCCCGGGGACCCACAGCGGCCUUCGGGGAGCACGCGCCGCUGUCCCCGCAGAGCAGCGUGGCCUCGUCGGGCAGCGAGCACACCGAGGAGCCCGGCGGGCGCAACUCUUUCCAGGAGGACGGCAGCGGCAUGAAGGAUGUCCCCUCGUGGCUGAAGAGCCUGCGGCUGCACAAGUACGCGGCGCUGUUCGCGCAGAUGAGCUACGAGGAGAUGAUGACGCUGACUGAGCACCACCUGGAGUCCCAGAACGUCACCAAGGGUGCCCGGCACAAGAUCGCCCUGAGCAUCCAAAAGCUGCGGGAGCGGCAGAGUGUCCUCAGGGCGCUGGAGAAGGACAUCCUUGAGGGGGGCAACCUGUGGACGGCGCUGCAGGAGCUGCAGCAGAUCCUGGCCACCCCCAUCAAGGCCUUCCGGCCCCCCCCGCCCCCCGGGCCCCCCGACGGGGCCCCCCCCGAGGCCUUCGCGGCCCCCCCGGCCCCCGAGGCCGAGCCCCCCGCGGCCCCGGUGCCUGACGGGGACAUCCCGGGGCAGUUCACGCGCGUCAUGGGCAAGGGUGAGCCCCCAGCCCCAAAAACGGGGAGCCUUUGGUUCGGGGGGGGCCCGGGGGGGUCCCCCGGGAGCCGCGGGGCCGUGCAGAGAACGCACUCGCUGCCCGUGCACAGCUCGGCCCUGCUCGCCUUCCCCCAGGAGUGUCCCCCCCCCGGGACGGACCUGGAGAUCAACCCCACGCUGGAGUCGCUGUGCCUGAGCGGUGCGAAAACGAGGACGUUGAAAUUCGAGGACCCGUGUCUGUUUUUUACACUGCCUGAAUUGCCCGCACCGCCGACGCCCCGCGACGGGGUUUUCCGCGGCGGGUCCGGUGCCGUGCACACGGGCUGUGGGGUCAGCAGCGCCGCGAGCGUGCGGGUUUUUGGCGGGAGCCGACAGGCAUCAGCAGAAACGCCUGUCACCAUCAAGGGCCCCACGGGCCGCCAUCUUGUCGCGGACUCGCUUGACAAGUGCUGCCCCCUUGUGGACAGAGGGCGGGCGGAGGCGCUGGCGCUGACCGGGAACCGGGGAGUGGAACCGGCCAGAGACUG